GCACGAGUAUUGCCUACUGCAGGAGACUCAGUGCAUUUAGUAGUCUACAGUAUUCCCUAUCCUAGGUUUCGGGGAAAAUGCACGUUAGAUAACCUCUAACGGAGCCAAAUGCCUGAGUAAGAAUAAGAACCGGUUCUCUGCGCCUAAGCCUAUUAAAAAACAAAAAAACAGUUCACGUCGGAGACCUGGUGAAGUGACUUCUUGUGGUUAGAUGGGGAAUCCCUGCAGUGUGUGCGAGACUGAGAGUGGAUCAGGACUGUGAGCCCACCAUCAGCUCAGAGGACUCACAUGGAGCAGCAGAUUGGUUCCGGAGGGAUUCAUUUCAGUGCGUGAUGGGGAAUGGGCUCUGCUCCGAGAAAGCAGGUUCUCCCAGUGGAGCGGUCUCUUAGCACUGAUUCAUCUUCAUCUUCUUCAUCAACACCACCUUCAUCGUUUAAUAACUCUGCUGUGCCGCUGAUCAUCAUCACAGCUCCGUCUCGAGAGAACCUCUUAGAAACGCCGGUGCGUCUGAAGAUAGCGGACGCUAAUAAAGAGCCGCGGCCCCUGGGGGGUCCGGUGGUUGUUGGCCGGGGUCGUUUUGUCACGGGCACAGCCUGAUUUACACAGAUUUGCUCUCUCUUUACGUGGAAACGUUCAGUAAAGUGUUAUAUAUGCGCUUUAAUCAUUGAUCCGGGCGCACGUGGAGUGAUUGGAGAUGGAAAACGCAGCAGAGGCAGAUCUAGAGCCGUUAAAGCUGAAAUCUUUAAAAACCAACAAGACGUUUGUAAUACCACACAGAGAACGGUUGGGGAAGUGCAGGAGUGUGAAGGAGUUUGAGAAGAUGAACCGGAUUGGAGAAGGAACUUAUGGAAUCGUGUACCGAGCAUGUGAUACAAGGACAAAUGAAAUUGUUGCCCUGAAGAAAGUGCGAAUGGAUAAAGAGAAAGAUGGGAUUCCGAUCAGCAGUCUGAGGGAAAUUAACUUACUGAUCAGAUUGAGACACCCAAACAUUGUGGAGCUGAAAGAAGUGGUGGUGGGAAGCCAUUUGGAGAGCCUCUUUCUGGUGAUGAGUUACUGUGAGCAGGAUCUGGCCAGUCUGCUGGAGAACAUGCAGUCGCCGUUCUCUGAAGCUCAGGUGAAGUGUAUAGUUCUUCAGCUGCUCAAAGGACUGGCAUAUUUACAUCACAACUUCAUUCUUCACAGGGAUUUGAAGGUUUCCAAUCUAUUGAUGACAGACAAGGGCUGUGUAAAGAUAGCUGACUUCGGUCUGGCGCGUGUUUACGGUAUCCCGUUACAGCCCAUGACUCCUCGAGUAGUUACACUGUGGUAUCGAGCCCCAGAGCUCCUCCUAGGGACCAAGACGCAGACCACAGCUCUGGACAUGUGGGCUGUUGGCUGCAUCUUUGCUGAGCUUCUUGCCCAUAAACCUCUUCUGCCUGGAGCUUCAGAGAUCCAGCAGCUGGAUUUGAUCGUCCAGCUGUUGGGAACACCUAAUGAGAGCAUCUGGCCGGGCUUCUCGCGCCUGCCGUUGGUUGGGCAGUACAGUCUGAGGAAGCAGCCCUACAACAACUUAAAGAACAAGUUCACCUGGUUAUCAGAAGCUGGUUUGAGACUGCUCAACCUGCUGUUCAUGUACAACCCACAGCGCAGAGCCACAGCGAAAGAUUGUUUAGAUAGUUCCUACUUCAAAGAGAAACCCUUGCCUUGUGAACCAGAGCUGAUGCCCACGUUUCCUCACCACAGAAACAAACGGGGAGGUUCUGUGAUGGAAAGCCAGUCCAAAAGAAGCAAAGUAUGACCUCCUGCUGCGCUGAUGGCAUCACAGAUGCGUUUUACUUUCCUAAAGGACAUCCGUGUUCUUAUACUCUUAAGAUAUUGUACAAAUUACAGACAUGAGAUACAGUAUAGAUAAUACAAAUAAAUCCUAGUUAGGGGAGUUAUGAGCAGAUGCUGCUGCUUUUUUUGUACAAAGAUUUAAAAAAAAAAAAAAAAGUUUUCUUUUC